AUGUUUUCUAAGAAAAUUAAGAAAUAAGAACUUAAAUUGAUUGACAACGAUAAAGAUGAUGAUUAAUAAUAGCAUCCAAAUGUUAAUUAGCAUCCAUAAAUAGAAAAAUCAAUUUAGAAAUAAAAAAGAGUUGGGAUUAAUGUUUAGUAAUUAGCAAAAGAAAAAUAAAUCUGUCAAAAAAAGUCAGCCACUAAUAAUGAAAGAGAAAGAAAUUUUCUUAAUUAAGAUUCAGCUCGAGGAUUAACGAGCAUAAACUAUAUUAAAUAAAAAACUGAGAAACCAGAUAAGCUCAUGGAAAAAUAUGUCUAAGAAAAAAUUAAGAGUGUUGAUCCAUUAGCUUUCUGCGGUCAGGUUGAGAAUGUUUAAGAUGAAUAAUAACGAGAUGCUGAACUCUUAGAAGAAAUUCGUGAGGUAUAUUAUUUGCUUCUAUCUCUUUUCAGACUUAAGCCAAAUUUUUAUCAAAAAACGAAGAAAAAGACCCAUCAUUUUAUGUCGGUGGUAUCAUCCAAGUGAAUUUAUCUCUUGAGUAAUAUAUUUAUUUUAUCAAUUAGAGAGGAAGCAUAAAAGUUAGCAUAAAUGGAGGAUUUAAAAAGAGAUCAAUAUAUUUAAACCAUUAUUUAAGGAAAACCAAAAAGAGCAGCACCAGUAGUUGUGCAUCCAGAUGAAGAAGAGGACAAAGAGACUAAAGCAUUUAGAGAACUUAAAUCAAAGUUUUACCAAAAAGGAAGAAGUAUAUUUCUAAAAUAAAUUUUAGUUUAUAAAUACUAAUAAAUGAAAAAAACAAUAGAUAAUAUUAAACCUGAAAUUGAAUAAUCACAAAACCAUGAAAACAUAUAAUGA